AUGCGCACGACGACGAUCGACGCCGUUGUCGUCGGGGCCGACCGCGUCUGCCAGAAUGGGGAUACGGCGAAUAAGAUCGGGACCUACCACCUCGCCGUCGCCGCGAAGUACCACGGAGUGAAGUUCUACGUCGCGGCGCCUUCCACCACACUUGACCCAAACACGCCAAACGGGGGGGAGGUCAAUAUCGAGGAGCGCGAUCCGGCGGAAAUUACAACAAAUAUGAUUACAAAGCAGCGUGUGGUGGCGGAUGGACCAAAUUUAAAGGUGUGGAAUCCGGUUUUUGAUAUCACCCCCUCAGAGCUUAUCACAGGGGGAUUUAUCACGGAGAAAGGCGUAUUCGAACCAAAAAACACUGCACCGUACUUUGAUAUUAAGGAGAUUGUGGAUUUCAAGUAA